CACUCCACAUCUCAUCCAACACUCGUUCACCACCAUGCCAGCGAACCCCUGGCAGCGCCGCGUGCGCCGCAUGCUCUUCAUGAGCGGCGCGGUCGGCACGCUCUACUUCCUCUUCGGAUACCUCGGCGCGCGGAUGCGCGAUGCCCGCGUACGCGCUAUGCGGGAGCGGCGGGAGCGCGAGACCCUCAAAGCCCACUUCACCUCGCUCCUCUCAACCAUCAGCUUCACGCUCUACGCGCUCCUCCCGAACCUCGAGCCGGCGCUCUUCGCCGCCUACCCCGUCGAGACGACGAGCCAGGCGCUGCAGGCGAAAUCCGCGCCCGCGGCGGCGUCGUUCCCAGUCACGCAGGACGACAGCGACGGCGGCGUGGGCGCGCUCGGCUCGCCGGCGGACACGGGCACGACCGAGCCCACGCCCGCGAGCACGCCGGCCGACUCGCUCCUCCUCGGCGCGGCGCGCGAGCACGAGCAUGACGAGGCGACCGGAUACUCGACGGACGGGGGCACUGCGGAGAGAUCCGCCCGCCGCGCGCCCGCGCCGGGUACGCUUGCCGAGAGCCUCGCGAGUGUCGUCAGCGAGAGCACGGAUGCGACGGACGCCACGGACGCGACCGAGGUCGCUAUGACUGCCGAGAGUUGGGCGAGCGAGUUUACGCGCGGCAGCGAUGACGAGCUGCUCACUUCCUCGACCAUCUCGCAGGCCAUCUCGCUGCCGCCCACCGACACGUCCUCCGUUGUGCCCUCGCCCCAGAGCCAGCUGUCCACGCUCGAAGCUAGCCCGCCCCAGCGCCUCAACGAGCCCGAGCCAUCGCCGCCCCAGGACCCGCGGAGCAAGAAGCAGCUGUGGCGCGACCUAAAGGUUCAAAGCCUCACCCGUGCCUUCGCCACUGCAUACCUCGUCCCGCUCAUCUACCUCCUGACCUCGUCCCAGCUCACCAUCCUCUCCCGCACGCGGUACCUCCAGGAUGUGCAGGCUGCGCACCGCGCGCGCGAGCGCGAGGCGGCCGAGAAGGCCGCGCUCAAGGCCAUGUACACGCCCAAGUCGUGGUUGUCGUAUCUGUCGCCUGACAACUAUGUGCCUGAUGCGCUCCGCUCUUACCUCCCGUGGUCGACGCCGGCACUGCCGCUGCAAGACGACCUCGCGCUGUCCCUCGAGGCCGAGCGGGACGCGGGCAACUCGGACGCCGAACGCCUCUUCCUGACGUACUCGUGGUGGCUGCUGAACGAGGGCUGGCGCACGGUCUCUGACCGCGUCGAGGGCGCCGUAGACCGCGUCUUUGGCGGGCUGGGCUUGAAGCGCGAGCUGACGGCCGAAACGUGGCCCGCGCUCGUAAAAGAAGUCCGUGCGCAAGUGGAGACGGACGCCGCCGAGCACCUGGACGCAGCGGGCCACGCGCACGGCAAGCGCGCCCUCUUCGACUUCACGCCCGUGCUGAUGCCGCCCACGCCGCUGCCGCCGCUGCACGACUGCCCGCUGCCGGCCACGCCGGCCGACAUCCCCAGCGGCGCGGUGCACCUCGCGUCCCUACUGGCGCAGACGCGCGAGCACGUGUCGUCGCCCGACGCGCGCGCCCUCCUCGACACGGGCGUGAGCGCCAUGCUCGCGUCGCUCACCGACGCGCUCCGCAACCCGGACGGCAGCGGCCGCCGCCGCCUCGCGGACAUCCUGCCCGAGCUCAACCGCUGGUCGCGCGGCGUGUGGGAGGGCAUCCCCGACGGCGGGGUCGAGGCCCUCCUCGCCCUGCCCGAGUUUGAGGCGUUUGCCGCCCUCAUCUUCGGCGACUGGGCGCCGCGGCCCACCACCGUGCCGUCAGAGUAGUAGAAGGCGGCAUGUAUGUCGAUUUGGAAGAUGCCAUGGCAAGGUUGUCGGACUUGAGGGGAGCUGUGUUGUUCCAGUAGACAGUCAUGGCACAUAUGUCGCCCUACUCCCUCCAUGUUAGCGUACAGUACACGAUCCGAUGCACGACGUUGACG